AUGCUGGUGGCCUUGAGUCCCUACGCACAGUUCCAGCCAAGCUGCUUCCACCUCGUGAAGAUGGGUUUUGUGAUGGGUUACACCACGGGCAUGGCGGUGGGGGCGCUCUUCAGCAUCUUUUCCUGUCUCAGGAUCGGAAUACGGGGUCGGGGUUUGAUGGGCGGUGUCAGGAAAACCAUGAUGCAGAGCGGCGGCACCUUUGGCACAUUCAUGGCCAUCGGGAUGGACAUCUGA